GAGGUAAAUUAUUGUUCAUAGGGUCAAGAAAAAAAACCCAAAUAACAAACUGAGCACCUAUUAAAGGACAAUCUGUGGGCUUCUCCUUCUACAUAGCAUUUCACACUGUGACAGAGUCUGUGUGUGUGACAGAGAGAAGAAGAAUGGAGAACUCCAGGAAAGCAUUUACUGAUUUAAUAGCUAAAGGAGUAGCAGCUGGCAGCGUAAUGAAACGCGAUGAAAUGAUGUUUUCUCACAAGGGAAUUCUCUAUCCUACCACGAUUUGCAGUCCUGAAGCAUUUAAAGCCUUGGAGUCCUUUGAAGCCAGAAGUGAUGAUGUCAUUUUGGCUGGUUACCCUAAAUCCGGUACAAACUGGCUAAGUCAAAUCUUAAAUGACCUCAUAGCCAUAUCUCAAAAGAAAACACUGGGUAAGGAAAAACUAGAAGAAUUCCCUUACCUUGAAGUUGGAGAUCCUGAGAAAUAUGAGAGAAUGUUGAAAUUACCUUCUCCAAGAUUUAUGGCUACUCAUCUCCGUCCUGAGAAUCUUCCCACGUCUAUCUUCAGAAAAAAAGUCAAGAUAUUGUUACUGGUUCGUAAUCCCAAAGAUGUAGCAACAUCUUUUUUCCAUUUUUCCAAUGGCCUGGGCAUUCUUCCCUCCUAUGACACCUGGGAUGAUUUCUUCACAGAUUUCAUGUCAAAGAAAGUGGCCUGGGGAAGCUACUUUGAAUAUCUUUCUGAAUGGAAUAAAUACAUUGACAAAGAAAAUAUUAUGGCAAUAACUUAUGAAGAGCUAAAAGAGAAUCCUGCCCUGGGUGUGAAAAAUAUAGCUGCAUUUUUCGGAAUUCCUCUGACUGAGGAAGAACUCCAGCUUGUGGUAGAGAGGAGCAGCUUCCAGUCCAUGAAGAAAAACUCAGAGAAGACGCACGGGUCAUUUGGCAAUGUUUUCUUUCGCAAAGGUGGUGUAAGUGACUGGAAGAAUCUUUUCAGUGAAGAACAGAAUGAGAAAAUGGACAAAGUGUUUGAAGAACAAGUAGCAGGAACUAAGCUUGGAAAAAAGUUGAAGUAUGAUGUGUACUGCAAAGCCUGAAAAGUAAUGAAAUAGGGAUAGAACAAGAACUCUGUAAGGCAGACUCAGAUCAUCUGAAUGCUCUGCACUGGAAAACUAGAUCAAUGAUCCAAGCACUUUAGAAUUGCAGUAAGAAUAAUUACAGCAGCCUUUACAGUGACUGUGAUGAGCAUUAGUUUUUUGUUUUAUAGUGAGAUCUGUGGCUACACCCAUUUGAUGAAGAUGUCAACUAAUCCUAUUUCCAAAAACUCGACAGCCCUAUUGCAGCUGUGAUCUGGAAUGAAAUGUCUCUUUUGCUUCUAGCCAAAUUGCAUCUUUCUAGACUAUUCAUAAUUAUUUACUAUGGAAUUUGUUUUUUCUUCAAAAAUGUUUCAAAUAAAGCAACACCUUCAUAGAAAAUAGAACUAUCAAAAAUAGGGAUCUGUCAGAAGCCUAAUGACAAGGAAGAUCUUCCAUGAGUUCAGCACAAAUUAAAUCAAAGCUAGAGGGAGGAGAAAAAAGGGGAAUACGGAUCAACAUUCUUAAGGCUUUUCAUUCUCUGAAUACAAAAUAUCCAGUUGGAUUUCAGAUUAUGGUCCGAGGUUUUUAGGCAAGAUUCCCUCAGAGACACUGCUUUUUAUAGGAUCACAGAGUAGCCCAGGUUGGAAGAGAAAAAUCAUCUGGUCCUUUCAGGAAAAAGGGAGGCUGGAUGAGAUUCUAUCUAGAUAUCAUAUCUUGAAAACCUCCAGUGAUGAGGAUUCUACCAUGUUCCUGGAGGCAUUUUCCCAGCAAAUCAUUGCUCUUGCUGUAAAAAAUGUACUUAAUGUACCAAGAUUAAAUGUACCUGUUCUUCUCCAUGU